AUGUCAGAUAUCAUGAUAGAGAAUCAAGAUGAUAUAGUCAAAUAAAAUAUCAUAUCUGAUGGACAUGACUUUGAAAAUUCAUCUGAGCAAAGAUUACCAACAUUGACGAAUCAAAGUUCUUUGCCUUCUCCAGUUCUUAUCCGUGAAUUCAACCCUACAAAUACUGACUUGUUUUUAAAUACGCCAGUACCAAAAGGAAUCACUCUGGAAUGUGAUGUGAAAAUUAUAAAAGGAUGGUUUGGUCUCCAUUCAUGCUACAAUUUCUAUCAUUCCAAGACAAAAAAACUCCUACUAUCAGUAAGAAAAUAAUAAUGUUUCGGGAGUCACAGGUUUUAGUUGAGUAAAUAGGAAACUGAGCUAGAUCUUGUAGGAACUUUAGAGUAAUUUUAAUAAAAAAUUUUAGGUCUAAUUUUAUUGGUACAGAAUUCAUUUUAUACUCUAAUGGGCCUUCAUACAAAAAUACAAAUGAUUUAUAGACUUUAAGAGAAGAAUUAGUAUUCAUCUAAUAUGAAUAUCAAAUAUUAAAAACUCGAAGUAACAUAAAUUAUCUAUUUUUAGGAAAUCUCUUUAAGGUGUUCAUUCCUUCUUUAAUAUAAGGUAAACCACGCAAAGUUGUUCCUCAAGAUGAGAAUACAGGAUUAAAAUUAAAAAGGAGAUUUAAGAAUAAAAGAAAUGAUGAAUAUUAUGAAUUUCAAACUUAAGAGCCUAUUUGGAGUUCAAAACAUUAAUCGUUUAUACUUCCGUUUAACUCAAGAGUAAACAGUGCUUCUAUUCAUAAUUUCUUGCUUAAUUAAUUGAAAGAAGAUAACAAUAUAAGUUAAGAUGUCGCAAUAUAGUUUGGAAGAUGUGAUAACAAAUUAUUAAACAUCGAUAUUGCUUAUCCUUUCACUCCUUUGCAAGCAUUCUCAAUUAUUAUUAGCUAAUUGGAUAAUAAAUUAUUAGUUUGA